GGUACCGCGGCAUCUCACGUUUACUAGGUCUCACACCUUCCGUUGGUUGACCGAAAUCGGUACGUACCCUUACCCCGAAAAUCUUCCGCCUUCCAACGCGGCGCAUUCAGUGAGGCAGAUGCAAGGUGCCUUACCUCAGGUAACUCGUUGACGACUUCCACUCGCUGCGGCUUUGCCUUUACAUACCGAACCACAUACACUCUAAGUAACGAUCACACUUCUCUACGAUGUCGCUUUGCCAGAACAGACUUCAAGAGGAGCGCAAGCAGUGGCGCAAGGACCACCCCUUUGGUUUCUUCGCGAAGCCUCAGCGCAAUGCGGCGACUGGAACCCUCGACCUGAAGGUCUGGGAGUGCGGUAUUCCUGGCAAGGAGAAGACGAUUUGGGAGGGCGGCCUUUUCAAGUUGACAAUCACAUUCCCCGAAGAGUACCCAACGAAGCCACCCAAGUGCAAAUUUGUCCCUCCGCUGUUCCAUCCCAACGUCUACCCCUCCGGCACUGUUUGCCUGUCGAUCUUGAACGAGGAGGAGGCGUGGAAGCCUGCCAUCACGGUGAAGCAGAUCCUGCUCGGCAUUCAGAACCUGCUCGACGAUCCCAACCCCGAAUCGCCCGCUCAGGCUGAGGCCUACAGUCUCUUCAAGAAGGACAAGACGGAAUACGAGAAGCGCAUCAAGCGCGUUGUGAGAGAAAACCCGGCGCCUUAGGAGCAAAGGCAGCUAUGUGUGAAUAGAUUUACGAGAUCACAGCGUCAUGCCAAUAGGCAGGACUCCGGAGUUACGGGAAUACCAUACGGUCUGCUUCUCUGCUUUCG